CCUUGUUCUUCUUCUUCUUCUUCUUCUUCUUCUUCUUCUUCAGUUCUUCACUGCUUUGUAUAUUUACCGCCGCAGUGUACUCUGUCCUCGACAAGCUCACCGCCCCCAGAUCUUGGAUUGCCGCCGCUCAACCAUCGACCAUUGUAGAGCCAGAGGAGGAGGUGGACACGAUUCACAGUUCGAUUAGCACUUUCUAAAUCAGGGCUUCCCCCGAUUGGAGCCUUUUAGAGAAUCGCAACUACCAAGCAACAGAAUAGAAAGAGAGAACAGACCUCGCCUGAGGGAAUAAGGUCGCACAAUCCCGGCGAACAGCUGUUGCUACAAAUUGCAAGUUAAAAAAAAGAGAAAACUGCAGCAGGGUCAAACGGAAAACACAAGAUUCUGUUUUUGCAUUUUCCAUUUGACCCGACUAGUCGGCUGGUUGAACCGAUCGGACCGGUCGGAUCAGGAACCGAUGAGCAAACCAGUUCUAUUUGUGACUUUGCUUGAUUAUGGAGCUGGAAAUGUUCGUAGUGUGAGGAAUGCUAUUCGCCAUCUCGGUUUCGACAUCAAAGAUGUGCAAAGUCCAGAAGAUAUUUUAAAUGCAAAUCGCCUUAUAUUUCCUGGCGUUGGGGCAUUUGCUGCAGCUAUGGAUGUUCUGAACAAGACUGGGAUGGCUGAAGCACUUUGUGCCUAUAUUGAGAAUGAUCGCCCAUUUUUAGGCAUUUGUCUUGGACUUCAAUUACUUUUUGAGUCAAGUGAAGAGAAUGGACCAGUUAAUGGUCUGGGCUUGAUACCGGGUGGGGUCGGGCGUUUUGAUUCUUCAAAUGGUUUCAGAGUACCCCAUAUUGGGUGGAAUGCUUUGCAAGUGUAUAAAGACUCUGACAUUUUGGAUGAUAUUGGAAAUCACCAUGUGUACUUUGUUCACUCUUACCGUGCCAUGCCAUCAAAUGAUAACAAAGAAUGGGUUUCAUCAACUUGCAAUUAUGGUGACAAGUUUAUAGCAUCCAUCAGAAGAGGAAAUGUGCAUGCCGUUCAGUUCCAUCCUGAGAAGAGUGGAGAUGUUGGUCUUUCUGUUUUAAGAAGAUUCCUCUAUCCAAAGUCACAUGUCACAAAGAAGCCUACUCAGGGGAAGGCUUCAACACUGGCUAAGAGGGUGAUUGCUUGUCUUGAUGUGAGGACAAAUGAUAAGGGGGAUCUUGUGGUGACCAAAGGUGAUCAAUAUGAUGUAAGAGAGCAUACAAAAGAGAAUGAGGUCAGAAACCUUGGCAAGCCAGUAGAGCUUGCUGGUCAAUAUUACAAAGAUGGGGCUGAUGAGGUCAGCUUUUUGAAUAUUACUGGUUUCAGGGACUUCCCAUUAGGUGAUCUGCCUAUGUUAAAGGUACUAAGAUACACUUCAGAAAAUGUUUUUGUACCGCUAACAGUUGGAGGUGGAAUUAGAGAUUUUACAGAUGCUAAUGGAAGGUACUAUUCAAGUUUGGAAGUUGCUUCAGAAUAUUUCAGAUCUGGGGCUGAUAAAAUUUCCAUUGGAAGCGAUGCCGUUUAUGCUGCUGAAGAAUACUUGAAAACUGGAGUAAAGACUGGAAAGAGCAGCUUAGAACAGAUUUCUAGAGUUUAUGGAAACCAGGCAGUGGUUGUCAGCAUAGAUCCUCGUAGAGUGUACAUCAAUAGUCCCAAUGAUGUGGAAUUCAAGGCUAUAAGGGUAACAAAUCCAGGUCCAAAAGGAGAAGAAUAUGCUUGGUAUCAGUGUACGGUUAAUGGUGGACGAGAAGGUCGACCAAUUGGAGCUUAUGAGCUUGCAAAAGCAGUUGAAGAGCUAGGAGCAGGAGAAAUACUACUUAACUGCAUUGACUGUGAUGGUAUUGAUGAUCAAAAAUGUGUUUUGCAGUCCAGACUGCACAAUUUAAACCAUUCAAUGGGGGGAUGGCCCCCAAUACUAUUGGGGGUUAUUGGGGGCUGUCCUGCCAUCCAAUAGUCCUUGUUUUGCAGUCUGGACAGUGCUAGACUUGUUUUUACUAGACUGCAAAACAAGUAACUCAUAGAUGAUUUUCAUUUCUUCUUUUUCUUGCUCCCCAUUUGGGAAAAACAAUCUACCUUGGUCUUUAGUUAAUUCCAUUAAGUGAAUGCUUAAUUGUAAUUGAGAAAUUCCUGUCCUGAUUUUUGAGGCAAGAAUCAUUUAAUUGCAUUUUAACCUGUCCUGUGCUGUCAGUUGAUAUGUAUUUGGUUCAUUUCUAGAUUAGUGUGUUUUUUUUUAAUGCUUACAUUGCUUAAAUUCUGCCUUUUUGCAGGCCAAGGCAAGGGAUAUGAUCUAGAUUUGAUAAAGUUGAUCUCAGAUGCUGUCAGCAUCCCUGUUAUUGCAAGUAGUGGUGCUGGUGCUGUUGAGCACUUCUCGGAGGUGUUCAGGAAAACAAAUGCAUCAGCAUCCCUUGCUGCUGGCAUCUUCCAUAGGAA